AUGCAGACUCUCCCCAUUCACAAUCAGGCCACGCGGCCAAACCAGGGACAACGCCUCCCGAAUGAGCUUCUGCUUCAUGUCAUCAGCUUCUUGAAGCCUGCGGGGCCCGAGUUUUUACCCGCCGCUCACCAGACGACUAAGACGCUGAUGACACUUAUGCGCGUUUGCAAAACCACAAAUGAAGCUGCAAGCUCUAUAUUUUCCCAACACUGCAUCUACCUUGACUCGGAGGAUCGCACGCUGAGGUUUGCGAGAUGCCUCUCUCUCGCCGGCUCUCGCCCUAUGCCGGGACAUAUACCGCCAUUCGCAGGCAUAACGUCCAUCUUUAUGGAAUCUUUUCUGGAGUACACGGACGAGCUCGAGGGGGUGCUAGCAUCGGUAGAACCGAAUCCCUGCGACCCAAGUGAUCUCACCCGGGAAGGCCAAUGUAGGAAUAGGGGUGGAGAAGUGGAGGAAGAAAACAAUGAGGAAAAAGAAGAGGUUGCCGGCGAUGGAGCCGACGAGGAGGAUGAAGAUGACGAGGAGGAUGAAGAUGACGAAGAAGAUUUCGUGCUCAUCCGUCCCCACCCUCAAGCCAACGAUCUGCCAGUGGCGACCGCCGUCCACGACAUCUUCAUUGCAGUUGCGCCUACACUACGGAGGCUCAUGGUGAACAUCCCUCUCCGCAACCUCUACCCAGAAGAGGACCAAUUAGGAGUGAAAGCUGUCUUGCGGCGUGGAUUCGAGUCACUCGUGAACCUUGAGGAGUUUGCUAGUGUCCAGGACGAACUGUUUCUGGUAACCGCCCUGGACCGCAUUGCAAAUCCCCAGGAUGAGGUUUGGGCAACGUGCUGGCCGAAACUUCGUCGCCUAUAUCUCUUCAACCCUAUAAUCGGGAAAUAUUUCUGGACCGAUGUGUCACGAAACCCCAAUUUGGAAGUUGUCAUGACGGGUCGACCUGAUGGCAACCAUCGCUUGGACCCUGGGGAUAUCAAGCGCCGAUGGAUUGCCGCACUCGCCGGUCAUGCCAUCACCGAGGAUGUAUACAAUGGGGCAAUACGCCCACUAACGUAUAUCAACGUCGAUAUGACAGGCGUCCAGCCGUCAAUGCUGGGUUUUCGCUCCGCUUGGAAUACAUUGGAUCCUGGAGAGCGUAUCCGAGUGCGAGCGGUUGACACACCGCCUGAAGCCUGGAUGGCCGAACUCGGCAUUCCUAUAUUGGGAGAGCCUUGUCAGACACGUUCGGUGGAAAUGUGGGCGAGGAAGCAUAUACUUGAAGGCACGCUCUGGGAUGAAAAAGCCAUUGGCGCAUAUGACCCUCUAUCUGUGGCAGAGUAG